CCAGUUAGUGAGCUGCAGGCAAAGCUUCCGAUGCGUCUGUUUGUAGUGCUGAGUGUUUGUGUGGCGUUGGCUUCCGCCGGAGGUUAUGGCGGUGGAGGUGGAGGUGGUGGCGGUGGACACGCCGGGGCAUCCGCUUCCUCGUCCGCUUCAGCCGGCGCGAUUGGCGGCGGCGAUGGAGGCGGUAAGCUCGGCGGAGGUUACGGAUCUGGAGGUCAAGGUUCUGGAGGACACGGAUCUGGCGCCUUCGGCGGCUCUGGAGGCGAUUUAGUAUUCGGAGGCGGCGCUGGCGGAGGAGGUCCCUUUGGAGGUGGACAUUCGGGCGGUGGAGUUAUUUCCGGCGGAGGACAUUCUGGAGGCGGAGGCGGAAUCGGUGGCGGUCCUGGAUUCGGAUCAGGUGGACAUUCCGGCGGAGGAAUCGGUGGCGGUCCUGGCGGAAUUGGCGGUGGAGGUGGCCAUUCUGGAGGAGGUGGCGUAAUAGGUGGCGGUCCUGGAUUCGGAGGAGGUGACUAUUCUGGAGGAGGAGGCGGUAUCGGCGGCGGAGGUGGCCAUUCUGGUGGAGGCGGUGGAAUCGGCGGCGCCGGAAGCUCUGCAUCAUCUUCAAUUGGAGUUAUUGGCGGAGGUCACGGCGGCGGAGGAUCUGGCUUCGGACCGGGUGGAGGAAUCGGAGGAGGACACUCUGGAGGAGGUGGCUUUGGCCCCGGCAUUGGAGGCGGUGGGGGUGGCUUUGGCCCCGGCAUUGGAGGCGGUGGAGGUGGCUUUGGUCCCGGCGGUGGAGGCUUCGGACCCGGCAUUGGAGGCGGAUCCGGUGGAGGACACUUUGGAGGUGGUCUUAGCCACAAGCACAAAGGCGGUGGCGGAUACAAAGGCGGCUAUGGAGGAGGUGGUGGCGGCGGUGGCGGUGGCGGCUACGGAGGUGGACCUGGAGCUGGUUUCGGAGGCGGACCAGGUGGUGGUGGUGGCUACGGAGGCGGACCAGGUGGUGGUGGUGGCUACGGAGGUGGCUCCGGAGCCUCUGCUUCAGCCAGUGCCAGUGCUUCGGCAGGAGCAGGCGGCGGCUAUCAUGGCUAAUCUGGAGUACCCGGUGCGGAAUAUACCUGUAAUUCUCCCAGUGGCUUAAAGUAUUACGUCAAUCAAAAUCAAAUAUAGUUUUUGUACUCAAACAA